AUGCCCUUACAAGAAUUACUUGUACUCGCAGUCCACAUUCUCUGCUCUGUACAACUUUUGCAGUGCGUCAAACUCCGCGAUAUCACCAGAUCCCAUCUUUCCUCUCAUCUCGUGACUCAAUUAUACCCAAGAAGUCCAUCUGUUCUGUCUUGGAGAAUUUCCAGUACGUUCCCGUGCACCAUCAUGAGCGACCCUUUGUCGUUGUACAACCAGCACAUCGAGUCCGCAAUUCGUCGCGAAGAUGGUACUCAACUUCGAGAACUUCUAAGGAUAAGGUCUCUAGAAGCUGCACAUGCUACGGAAAUUUACAUAGUUGAAGGAGGUUCAGUCCCUUCACCGAUGCCAGAUGCAUGGGAAGUCAUUCCAGAUAUCGUCCAGAAACGCUUUGCAGCAGGCGGUGCUCUCACUGCAAACGACUGGGUUUCUUGCAGUGAGCAUCUCUCCGAAUGUCUCACUGCUUUCAUCAAUGUUGUGCAGUCAGAGAGCGCAUGGGUGCUUCCUGCUCUACACGCACUGUGCACUGACCUACGAGUCGUUGCCGGAGAGGCGGACAAACAGUUGUUCAAAGAGAGAAUGAAAAAGCGCAUGCUGGAGAAGUCUGAACGAAUCCUGAAGCGAGCGUUUAUGACGACCAACAAUGACCGACGCACGAUGGAAGAAGGAUCAAAGCGAGCUGGUACUUUGGCUAUCAUCAAUCAGCUGCUCAAAGUGUAUUUCAGCCUAAACAAUCUAAGGCUAUGCGCUAAUCUCACUCGAACAGUCAACGCCCCAAAUUUCCCACCAUUUGAAAACUACUCAAUUUCAGACCGCGUGACGUACAAGUUCUUCUCUGGAAGGCUACACCUUUACGAUGAUCGAGUGCGCGAGGCGACCGUCGAUCUCACGUAUGCGUUUUCUCACAUGCAUCAAGACCAGUUUGAGAACCUGCGGCAUGUGCUGUUGUACCUUAUACCAGCCCAGAUUUUGACAGGACUUCUUCCGUCAGAGAAAAUGCUGCGGAAAUACAAUAUGCAUUGGUACAUGAAGAUAUCAGAAGCCAUAAGAACAGGCAACUUGCGUCUGUUCGAUGACGCUGUUGAACAGUAUGAAGAAUUCUUCAUCACAAGAGCUUUGUGGCUUGCUGUGGAAAAAAUGCGACCUUUAGUUUACCGUUCGCUUAUCCGAAGAGUGGGCAACUCUAUAUCGGAUGCGACCGAAAUCCAGAACAAAAUACCACUCGACAAGAUCCGAAUCGCUCUGCUCAUGUGUCAGAAGGAAAUGGAUUUGGACGAAAUUGAAUGUGUUGUUGCGAAUUUGAUCUAUUGCAACUAUAUCAAAGGUUACAUCUCGCACAAGGUAGGCUACUUGGUCCUGUCGAAAAAAGACCCGUUCCCCCAGCUUCAGGUGUGA